AUGGAUUGGAGGAGAUCAAAGACAGAAUACGGAAAUGGGAGGAGGACAUCAAAGACAAAUACGGAAUUUGAAGGUCAUCAAAGACAGAAUACGAAAUUUGAGGUCAUCAAAGACAGAAUACGUAAUUUGAAGGAAGACAUCAAAGACAGAAUACGGAAUUUAGAGGAGGUCAUCAAAGACGGAAUACGGAAUUUGGAGGUCAUCAAAGACAGAAUACGGAAAUUGGAAGAGGUCAUCAAAGACGGAAUACGGAAUUUGAAGGAGGAGAUCAAAGACAGAAUACGGAAAUGGGAGGAGGACAUCAAAGACAGAAUACAGAAUUUGAAGGUGGACAUCAAAUACAGAAUACGGAAUUUGGAGGAGGUCAUCAAAGACAGAAUACGGAAAUUACAGAAGGUCAUCAAAGACAGAAUACGGAAUUUGAAGGAGAUCAAAGACAGAAUACGGAAUUUGAAGGAGGUCAUCAAAGACAGAAUACGGAAUUUGGAGGAGGUCAUCAAAGACAGAAUACGGAGUUUGGAGGAAGUCAUCAAAUACAGAAUACGGAAUUUGAAGGUGGACAUCAAAGACAGAAUACGGAACUUAGAGGAGGUCAUCAAAGACAGAAUACGGAAUUUGGAGGAGGUCAUCAAAGACAGAAUACGGAAUUUGGAGGAGGUCAUCAAAGACAGAAUACGGAAUUUGGAGGAUGUCAUCAAAGACAGAAUACGGAAUUUGGAGGAGGUCAUCAAAGACAGAAUACGGAAUUUGGAGGAGGUCAUCAAAGACAGAAUACGAAAUUUGGAGGAGGUCAUCAAAGACAGAAUACGGAAUUUGGAGGAGGUCAUCAAAGACAGAAUAUGGAAUUUGGAGGAGGUCAUCAAAGACAGAAUACGGAAUUUGGAGGAGGUCAUCAAAGACAGAAUACGGAAUUUGGAGGAGGUCAUCAAAGACAGAAUACGGAAUUUGAAGGUGGACAUCAAAUACAGAAUACGGAAUUUGGAGGAGGACAUCAAAUACAGAAUAAGGAAUUUGGAGGUCAUCAAAGACAGAAUACGGAAAUUGGAGGAGGUCAUCAAAGACAGAAUAUGGAAUUUGGAGGAGGUCAUCAAAGACAGAAUAUGGAAUUUGGAGGAGGUCAUCAAAGACAGAAUACGGAAUUUGGAGGAGGUCAUCAAAGACAGAAUACGGAAUUUGAAGGUGGACAUCAAAUACAGAAUACGGAAUUUGGAGGAGGACAUCAAAUACAGAAUAAGGAAUUUGGAGGUCAUCAAAGACAGAAUACGGAAAUUGGAGGAGGAAGACAUCAAAGACAGAAUACAGAAUUUGAAGGUGGACAUCAAAUACAGAAUACGGAAUUUGGAGGAGGUCAUCAAAGACAGAAUACGGAAAUUACAGAAGGUCAUCAAAGACAGAAUACGGAAUUUGAAGGAGAUCAAAGACAGAAUACGGAAUUUGAAGGAGGUCAUCAAAGACAGAAUACGGAAUUUGGAGGAGGUCAUCAAAGACAGAAUACGGAGUUUGGAGGAAGUCAUCAAAUACAGAAUACGGAAUUUGAAGGUGGACAUCAAAGACAGAAUACGGAACUUAGAGGAGGUCAUCAAAGACAGAAUACGGAAUUUGGAGGAGGUCAUCAAAGACAGAAUACGGAAUUUGGAGGAGGUCAUCAAAGACAGAAUACGGAAUUUGGAGGAUGUCAUCAAAGACAGAAUACGGAAUUUGGAGGAGGUCAUCAAAGACAGAAUACGGAAUUUGGAGGAGGUCAUCAAAGACAGAAUACGGAAUUUGGAGGAGGUCAUCAAAGACAGAAUAUGGAAUUUGGAGGAGGUCAUCAAAGACAGAAUACGGAAUUUGGAGGAGGUCAUCAAAGACAGAAUACGGAAUUUGGAGGAGGUCAUCAAAGACAGAAUACGGAAUUUGAAGGUGGACAUCAAAUACAGAAUACGGAAUUUGGAGGAGGACAUCAAAUACAGAAUAAGGAAUUUGGAGGUCAUCAAAGACAGAAUACGGAAAUUGGAGGAGGUCAUCAAAGACAGAAUACGGAAUUUGAAGGUGGACAUCAAAUACAGAAUACGGAAUUUGAAGGUGGACAUCAAAUACAGAAUACGGAAAUUGGAGGAGGUCAUCAAAGACAGAAUAUGGAAUUUGGAGGAGGUCAUCAAAGACAGAAUACGGAAUUUGGAGGACGUCAUCAAAGAGGCCCUCCGAGUGACAGGAAGAUCAUCUGUAUGA